AAAUAAUACUAGUAAUAACACCUUUUUUUUUCUUCUUUUCUUUUUUCGUUUUUCUUUCUUUCAUCUAUUAAAAAUAUAAAUAAAUAAAUAAAUAUGGGUUACAUUUCUAUGUCCCUGAUUGCAUUUCUAUUUGUUUUUGCCUCACCGGUGGUUCUAGCGGACGAUAUAACUCCGAUUCCCGCAGACAAAGCCCAAAUCGAGUCAUGGUUCAAGGCCAACGUUCAACCCUUAUCCGCGAGACGGGGCACACUCGACCCCGUCCUCGAAGCUGCUGAAGCAUCGCCACGGAUCAUCACCGUGAAUCAAGCAGGAGGCGGCGAUUUUAAGACAAUAAAUGCAGCGAUCCAGAGCAUACCUACAGGGAACACAAAGCGUGUGAUCAUCAAGUUGGCUCCUGGUGUAUACAAUGAGAAAGUCACAGUCGACGUAGGUCGACCAUUCGUUACAUUAAUGGGUAAACCUGGUGCAGAAACGAACCUGACCUUCCACGGGACGGCCGCUAAGUACGGAACCGUAGAGAGUGCCACGCUUAUCGUCUGGGCCACAAAUUUUGUAGCAGCUAACCUACACAUUAAAAAUACUGCUCCGAUGCCAAAACCUGGUACACAAGGACAAGCUCUAGCAAUGAGAAUUAACGGCGAUAAAGCUGCUUUCUACAACUGUAAAUUCUAUGGUUUUCAAGACACUCUUUGCGACGAUAGAGGCAACCACUUCUUUAAGGACUGUUACAUCGAAGGGACAUAUGAUUUUAUUUUCGGUAGAGGAGCUUCCUUGUACUUGAACUCGCAAUUGCACGCUGUUGGGGAGGGAUUAAGAGUGAUCGCGGCACACAAUCGACAGAGUGCAAACGAGCAGAACGGGUAUGCGUUUGUGCAUUGCAAGGUUACUGGAGUCGGAACCGGGAUCUACUUGGGCCGAUCUUGGAUGAGCCACCCUAAGGUUAUCUAUGCCUACACUGAGAUGUCCAGUGUCGUCAACCCAACCGGAUGGCAAGAGAACAGGCAGAAGGAGCAUGACAAGACGGUGUUCUAUGGAGAAUACAUGUGCACGGGACCAGGAUCACACAAAGAGAAGAGAGUUGCACACACACAAGACAUUGACGAAAAGGAAGCUAACCAAUUCCUUACUCUCGGCUACAUCAAAGGCUCCUCGUGGCUCCUCCCUCCUCCCGCUUUUUAAAUGAUACCCUUUCAUAACUAUACUUGUCACUGAAAAUACAUGAAUAUGGUAUAAUUGCAUGUACGUUUUGCAUUUUUUUCUCGAAUUUUUUUCGAAGAGUCCUCUCGUUCCACAUAUGAUGGAAUAGUAGAGACUUGUGUAAUUCUGGUUUCAUUAUAAUAUAAUGAGUCAAACUUAAUACUUCACAACUGAGAGGC